GCCCGCCGCGCCCGCCCCGCCCCUUCCGGUGACGUCGCGCGCGCGUGCGCGGCCCCGCCCGCCGCCGGGCGGCGGGACGGGCUGUUCCCCUGGCGACCGGGAAGCCUCCCGCCAUCUUUGCGCGGGGCAAGCCCGCUUCCGGUCGCGGCGCCGAGGCGGAAGACGUCUCUGCUGAGGUGUGACAGCCGCCGGCGCAGCGUCCCUCGGCGGCGCGGGCGCCUUCCCGAGCCCCGGAGCGGAGGCCGCGCCCCGGAGCCGCCCCCGGAGCCGCCGGCCAUGGCGGCGGGCGCGGAGCCCCGACGGCUGCUGCCGCCGCUGCUGCUGCUGCUGCCGCUGCUGCCGCCGCCCUCGGCCCCCGCCACGGCGCCCUCCGAUCGAGCCCGCGGCGCGCACGCGGUCAACCCAGACGAGCUGCUGGUGAUCACCGUGGCCACGGCGGAGACCGAGGGCUACCGGCGUUUCCUGCAGUCGGCCGAGUUCUUCAACUACACCGUGCGGACCCUGGGCCUGGGCCAGCAGUGGCGAGGCGGGGACGUGGCCCGCACGGUCGGCGGCGGCCAGAAGGUCAGGUGGCUCAAGCAGGAAAUGGAGAAACACGCGGAGCGGGAAGACAUGGUCGUCAUGUUCGUGGACAGCUACGACGUGAUUCUGGCGGGCAGCCCCACGGAGCUGCUGAGGAAGUUUGUGCAGAGCGGCAGCCGGCUGCUCUUCUCCGCCGAGAGCUUCUGCUGGCCCGAGUGGGCGCUGGCGGAGCAGUACCCCGAGGUGGGCAGGGGGAAGCGCUUCCUCAACUCUGGAGGGUUCAUUGGCUUCGCUCCCACCAUUUAUCACGUCGUGCGCCAGUGGAAGUACAAAGACGAUGACGAUGACCAGCUGUUCUACACCCGCCUGUACCUGGACCCCGGGCUGCGGGAGAAACUCAAGCUCAAUCUGGACCAUAAAUCCCGGAUCUUCCAGAACCUCAAUGGAGCCUUAGAUGAAGUGGUCUUAAAGUUCGACCAGAAUCGAGUGCGCAUCCGAAAUGUGGCCUACGACACGCUUCCUGUUGUGGUCCAUGGGAACGGCCCCACUAAGCUGCAGCUCAACUACCUGGGCAACUAUGUCCCCAACGGCUGGACUCCCGGGGGAGGCUGUGGCUUCUGUAACCAGACCCGGAGGGCACUCCCGGGGGGGCAGCCUCCCCCCCGGGUGCUGCUGGCCGUGUUUGUGGAACAGCCCACCCCCUUCCUGCCUCGCUUCCUGCGGCGCCUGCUGCUCCUGGACUACCCCCCCGACCGGAUCUCCCUCAUCCUUCACAACAACGAGGUGUUCCACGAGCCUCACAUCGCGGACGCCUGGCCAAAGCUCCGGGACCACUUCUCAGCCGUGAAACUCAUCGGCCCGGAGGAGGCGCUGAGCCCCGCAGAGGCCCGGGACAUGGCCAUGGAUAGCUGUCGGCAGAGCCCCGAGUGCGAGUUGUACUUCAGCCUGGAUGCUGACGCCGUCCUGACCAACCGGGGCACCCUGCGCGUCCUGAUUGAACAGAACAGGAAGGUCAUCGCGCCCAUGCUUUCCCGUCACGGCAAGCUGUGGUCCAACUUCUGGGGUGCCCUGAGCCCAGACGAGUACUACGCCCGCUCCGAGGACUACGUGGAGCUGGUGCAGCGGAAGCGAGUGGGCCUGUGGAACGUGCCCUACAUAGCCCAGGCCUACCUGAUCCGCGGGGACACCCUGAGGACGGAGCUGGCGCACAGGGACGUCUUCUCCGGCGGCGACGCCGACCCCGACAUGGCUUUCUGCAAGAGCCUCCGCGACAGGGGCGUCUUCCUGCACCUCAGCAACCAGCAGGAGUUCGGCCGGCUGCUCGCCACGGCCCGCUACGACACGGAGCGCCUGCACCCCGACCUCUGGCAGAUCUUCGACAACCCUGUGGACUGGCAAGAGCAGUACAUUCACGAGAACUACAGCCGCGCGCUGGCCGGGGCCGGGCUGGUGGAGCAGCCAUGCCCAGACGUGUACUGGUUCCCGCUGCUGACAGAGCAGAUGUGUGACGAGCUGGUGGAGGAGAUGGAGCACUACGGCCAGUGGUCGGGAGGACGGCAUGAGGACUCGCGGUUGGCGGGGGGCUACGAGAACGUCCCCACCGUGGACAUCCACCUGAAGCAGGUGGGCUUCGAGGACCAGUGGCUGCAGCUGCUGCGGACCUACGUGGGGCCCAUGACCGAGCACCUGUUCCCCGGCUACCACACCAAGACGCGGGCAGUGAUGAACUUCGUGGUCCGCUACCGGCCGGAGGAGCAGCCCUCUCUGCGGCCGCACCACGACUCGUCCACCUUCACCCUCAACGUCGCCCUCAACCGCAAGGGGGCGGACUACGAGGGAGGCGGCUGCCGCUUCCUGCGCUACGACUGCAGAAUCUCAUCCCCGAGGAAGGGCUGGGCCCUGCUGCACCCCGGCCGCCUCACGCACUACCACGAGGGGCUGCCCACCACCCGCGGCACCCGCUACAUCCUGGUGUCCUUCGUGGACCCCUGACCCUGGCCGGCCAGACCGCCACUGUGCCUAGCGGGCAGCCGCUCGCCGUUCUGAGAAGGGCUCUGCCUGCGCGCCGGGUGUGCCCGCGCGCCGGGCCCGCAAGCGCUGGCCCCCGCAGCCAGCAGCCAGCAGCCAGCAGCCGUCCCAGGAGCCCACGGAGCCCACGGACUCGGGGAGUGCACUCGCUCCCGGCCUGAUAAGUUAUUGAGCCUCACUGCCUCACUGUCAAUAAAAGGGUGUUUGUACCCGCUGGGUCCACAGAGCA